GUGAGGAGAUUUGGGCGGCCCUUUUUGUGCAGCCACUGAAUAAGGCAGGCAGCCAUAGAAUAAGGUUUGAGCGUAGAUUGGUGAAAAUGGAGGAAACUCUGAUACCAUUUAAGAAUCUUCAUAGCAGAGAGUACCAAGGUCACAAGAAGAAGGUCCAUUCAGUGGCUUGGAAUUGUACUGGCACCAAGCUUGCUUCCGGUUCUGUUGAUCAAACUGCCCGUGUCUGGCACAUUGAGCCUCACGGUCAUGGUAAAAUUAAAGACAUCGAAUUGAAGGGUCAUUCUGAUAGUGUGGACCAGCUUUGUUGGGAUCCUAAACAUGCUGAUCUAAUAGCAACUGCAUCAGGUGACAAGACUGUUCGUCUCUGGGAUGCUCGUAGUGGAAAAUGUUCCCAGCAGACAGAGCUUAGCGGGGAGAAUAUAAACAUCACAUACAGACCUGAUGGCACUCACGUAGCUAUUGGGAACAGGGAUGACGAACUAACCAUACUGGAUGUUCGCAAAUUUAAGCCAAUACAUAAGCGCAAGUUCAAUUAUGAGGUAAAUGAGAUUGCAUGGAAUAUGACAGGAGACAUGUUUCUCUUGACCACUGGGAAUGGCACUGUUGAAGUGCUAGCAUACCCAUCUCUUCAACCACUUGAUACAGUCAUGGCUCAUACGGCCGGUUGUUAUUGCAUUGCUAUAGAUCCUAAAGGAAGAUAUUUUGCUGUUGGAAGUGCUGAUUCUUUAGUCAGCCUUUGGGAUAUCUCGGAGAUGCUUUGCGUGCGAACAUUUACAAAACUUGAAUGGCCUGUCAGGACAAUCGGUUUCAACUACACAGGAGAUUAUAUUGCUUCUGCCAGUGAAGACAUGUUCAUCGAUAUUUCCAAUGUUCAGAGUGGCCGCUCAGUGCAUCAAAUUCCUUGUAGAGCUGCAAUGAACAGCGUGGAGUGGAAUCCCAAGUACAAUUUACUUGCAUAUGCUGGGGAUGACAAGAAUAAAUAUCUAGUUGACGAAGGUAUUUUUCGGAUAUAUGGAUUUGAGAGUUCCUGAAUUGUAAUAGAUGACCGCAGAGGCAUUGUUGUUGUAACAUUAGAAAUCAGGUCUCCUUUUGCGGGGUUGGCCUUGAAUAAUCUGUCAAAAUAUUUAUAUAUUUUUAUUUAAUUUUUUUUACCAUAAUAUAAUUAUUUUAAAAAUA